UGGCUGACUUUUUCCUCCCUCAGAGACGCACUUCCUCCAGCCCUUCAGUCGAGCUCAAGCGAGGCCGGAGGACGCAGGAGGAACAUGGAGGUCCCGCUCCUACUCUUCUUUCUGCUCUGGAGAUCCAGCUGUGCGUACACAUCUCCAGCCACCUCCACCUUUUCUUCAUCCACACCGCUGGACCUGUCUAACUCCGCCCAAACCAUCAGGAGUCCUGGGAACGCUGUCACGGACAAUCUGUCACCUCCAGAUGUUUCCCCUGCAGUCACCCACCUAUCCCCUUUAAAUGGCACAGCUGCUUUUACCAUGGACCAGUCAGUCGCCUCGGAGACCUCGUCAGGUGGAGGUGACUCCCUAGUCAGGACGGAGAUGGUCACGUCGUCGUACGAGUUGUUGUCCUCCAUCGCUAGAAACCAGUCCAAGUCGAGCGGAGAUGGAGGCGUGACGCUGGGUUCCUCACGUGUGAGCACAGGUGGAGCAACCGACGUCAUAACUGAGCUACAACCCGAGGAUGGAUCCACACACCAAACAUCUGCAGCACCCUCAGACAGCACCGCCUCAGCUGCACCCACCACUCCUCCACCGUCUGCAUCCAGCACCAGCACACAUAGACCACCCAGGACUCACAGUCAGACCCCGCCCACAGACUCCACCCUUCAUCCAAACAUCUCAGAGAGUCUGACUCAAGGAGUAUUAUCAACAGCACCAACAGGUGAUGCGGUCCCUGCAAGUAGCACCUCAGCUCCAUCAGUCCCACAAACGACAACAAACACCAGCACCACUGCUGCUGUAACCACACCCUCUACGAGCAGCAUAACAGCGCCUGCUCCAACCACAGCCAUCAAAACC